UAAGCAAUAACUCCGGAUUCCCCAUCCUGCCAGGCCUGGCCAACUUCUGUUCUACUUUCUGUCUCUAUGAAUUUGUCCAUUCUAGGUUCCUCAUGUAAGUGGAUUCAUACAGAUGCGUCCUUUUGUAGACAGUGGCUGUUUAAGUCAGACAGGCAAGGAGGAAGAGAAACAGCCAAGCCAAAUGCAGAUUCCCUCGGUUCUUUCCUUCCCUGGUGCUUGUCUGGGCUUCUCCCCCAUGCAAAAUCAUCAGUCUUUCUUCCUGGGACUUCUGUGUGGUGAGGAUGCCAUUAGGCACCCUCUGGUAGCUUACAAUGCAGUUCAUUUCAUCUCAUUUCCUUCCUGUUAUGUACAGGGACUGAUUUCCCCUUUGCUGACUGUCAGCUGAGUUCAAAACCAGGGUCAAAGCUCUGCUCACAGCACAAAUCACUUCUUGUGAAGCCUGGCUGGGUUUUGGCGGGCAGCUGCUAAGCUUUCGGUCUUUUAUGUGGCUGUCCUGGCCACAAUGGAGCUUUGUGUGUGAUCAAGGGGUGCUGGGCAGGAGCCCGGCUGGGCCAGCUAAAACGGUUCUCCUAGCACCACCGUGAUCUCAGGACUAACCGCUGCACACCCGUGAUGGGAUUCCAAGCCUUCGCUGCAAGAGGACAAGGUGACGAGUUGCUGACAGUGAAGGCUGAACUAACACGGACAGUGAAGUGCUAAAUGAGUCGGACUCCGACUCCAGGUGAAGCAGCUAGCAGAGGUCAGAGUAAGGCAGCUCACGUUCCGGAAUAGCUCUCCAGACCCCCAACUGGCCAUGUGGUGAGUUCGGGGCCCAAAUCAAGUCGUACCAGCAAUCAGGGAACUCCCUCUAUCUGUUUUGAAUGGAUGCACACCAGUCACAAGCCUGGAAAGAUGGUGUCACAGUCUACAGUCAAGCAGGAUUCUCCUGAGGACCCCUGGGAAGGGAUCACCCAUUACUCCGGCAUUAUUGAUGGUUCGCCUGGACUCCUGAACACUGACCAUCCUCCUUGCCAAUUAGACAUCAGGCUCAUGAGGCACAAAGCUGCCUGGAUCAACCCCCAGGAUGUGCAGCAACAGCUGCAGGACUUGCAACCUCAGGUGCCAGCAGCCGGGAACAGUGGGACCCAUUUUGUGACAGAUGCUGCCUCUCCCUCAGGCCCUUCACCUUCGUGCCUCAGGGACUCCCUGGCAGAGACAACAUUGUCUGAGGCUACUACAGACUCCACUGGCAGCGCUUCUCCCCAUGGCUCGAGGGAAAAGAGUAGCAGGUUCUCUCUGUCCUCAACAGAAGUACACAUGGCCCGCCCAGGAUACUCUCAUCAAGUGUCUCUGCCCACAAGCCCUAGGAUUUUGGUCACCUCCCCAUAUCCUGAGACUGACAGUGCUUUUUUUGAGCCUUCCCACCUGACAUCUGCUGCUGCUGAAGGUGCUGUUCAAGUCAGUAGAAGAACCAUUUCUUUGAAUUCCUUCUCACCAGAAGUAUUUGUGCUGCCUGUUGAUGUAGAAAAGGAAAAUGCCCACUUUCAUGUUGCAGAUAUGAUUAUAUCAGCAAUGGAGAAAAUGAAGUGUAACAUUCUGAGUCAACAGCAGACAGAGAACUGGAGUAAAGAAGAAGCCAGUGGAUUACUUGGGAGUGAUCAGCCUGACUCUGACGUGACUUUUGAUACCAACAUAAAGCAAGAGUCUGGGUCUUCCACUUCUUCAUACAGUGGCUAUGAAGGUUGUGCUGUGUUACAGGUCAGCCCAGUGACUGAAACACGUACUUACCAUGAUGUGAAAGAGAUUUGCCAAUGCGACAUUGAUGAAUUUGUUAUUUUAGAGCUUGGAGAUUUUAAUGAUAUCACAGAAACCUGUAGCUGUUCCUGCAGCUCCUCUAAGAGUGUCACUUAUGAGCCAGAGUUCAAUUCUGCUGAACUAUUAGCCAAAGAGCUGUACCGCGUGUUCCGGAAGUGCUGGAUACUGUCACUAGUUAAUUCUCAGCUGGCAGGUUCCCUGAGUGCAGCUGGCUCAAUAGUUGUAAAUGAAGAGCGUGUCCGAAAAAACUUUGAAUCCAGUAUGAAUGUUGUACAAGAAAUUAAAUUUAAGUCUAGGAUCAGAGGGACUGAAGACUGGGCUCCUCCUAGAUUUCAAAUCAUAUUUAAUAUUCAUCCACCACUCAAGAGGGACCUUGUGGUAGCAGCCCAGAAUUUUUUCUGUGCCGGCUGUGGAACUCCGAUAGAGCCUAAGUUUGUGAAGCGGCUCCGGUACUGCGAAUACCUAGGGAAGUAUUUCUGUGACUGCUGCCACUCAUAUGCAGAGUCCUGCAUCCCUGCCCGAAUCCUGAUGAUGUGGGACUUCAAGAAGUACUACGUCAGCAAUUUCUCCAAACGGCUGCUGGACAGCAUAUGGCACCAGCCCAUUUUCAAUUUGCUGAGCAUUGGCCGAAGCCUGUAUGCGAAAGCCAAGGAGCUGGGCAGAGUGAAGGAAAUUCAGGAACAGCUCUUCCAUAUCAAGAAGCUGUUGAAGACCUGUAGGUUUGCUGACAGUGCAUUAAAGGAGUUUGAGCAGGUGCCGGGACACUUGACUGAUGAGCUCCACCUGUUCUCCCUUGAGGACCUGGCCAGGAUCAAGAAAGGGCUGCUGGCACCCUUACUCAAGGUCAUUCUGAAAGCUUCCCUUGCACACGUGGCCGGCUGCGAGCUGUGUCAAGGAAAGGGCUUUAUUUGUGAAUUUUGCCAGAAUACGACUGUCAUCUUCCCAUUUCAGACAGCAACAUGUAGACGAUGUUCAGUGUGCAGGGCUUGCUUUCACAAACAGUGCUUCCAGUCCUCCGAGUGCCCCCGGUGUGCGAGGAUCACAGCUAGGAGAAAACUUCUGGAAAGCAUGGCCUCUACAGCAACAUGAUGCCCCUGAGUAUUGUGAAAAAGACUGUUCAACAUGCCUUAUGAUAACAUCGAUUUGUGUCCAUUAUUGGUGACAUUGUUUUAGAUUUCUGGUAUUGUAUAUUAAGGAAAAAGAUGCUCUAUAUUCUCUUUAUUGCAUAUACUUAAUGUUUCAAAAGAAUGCAGAAUCUGUGAUUAAGCACAGGGUUGAUAGUAGUGGUUUUGUUUACAAAUGUUCUGUUUUGGCUGCUAUUGGUUUUUUAAAGAGGUUUUUUAUACUUUUGUAUUUGAAUAGUUAUGUUUAACUGAUGUUGAGCCAGUGUGUGUGUGUGUGUGUGUGUGUGUACCUAUGUGAAUUGUAACUGACAAGAUGAAUUACUCAAUUUCUCUCCCUCUAAUGCUUGUUUGAUGGAACUGCUUGGUUCUUCCAGUGAACAAAAAUAUGACCCCAAAUCUGUUUGUUCUGGCUUUUAUUUCUUCAAGAAACAGACUUCCACUUAAAUGCCAUUUUGUGAUUGUGUCAAUCAUACACAUUUUAUUUACUCCAGAGUUUGACUAGAGAGUACACAUUUCUUCUGCAGGUUUAUUUCAUGAUGAGUUGGAGUUGCUUAGCAGGGCGUGUAGAUCCAGCUGAAGUGCAGUUUGAAGCAGCCGCCUCUAGAUGGCGUUCUUUCAGGUGGCACAAAUCGAACCUGUAUUGGUCGUCUCUGUUCCACAUGCUGUAAUGUCAAGGGAUACAGGAGUAGAACUCCAUCCCUGCCCUCGAGGAUCUUGCUUUAUAGAUGUAAAACUGAACAUAAGGUAUUUGCAGAUUUAAACAAAUUGGGGGAAAUAAUGAACAGUGUGAUUCUAGUAAUAACAUUAAAAUCAUAGGCAUCGACUAAUAAGGUUAAAUGAAUCACAAAACCUUUAUGAAUUUCUUUUUCCUAGUAGUUCUUAUAUGUUUUCCUGAAACAUGUGAGCCUAUUCUUUUUUCUUCUACUUUCUAUAUACUUUCUCCUACUUGAGAAAGGGGCGUUGAGGCUGGGUCCCUUCAUGGUAUAUCUUUAGACUGAACGGUUUUCAGCCUAGGGCUUGGAUGUUAUAUUCCCUGGGAUUCACAUGCCCUAACUAAACCUACCUUGAUUUUCUCAGACAGCACAGGCAGGCAACGAAGCAUUACAGAUUGUCGCCUAACUCCA